AUGUUAAUGGGACAACACUAUAGCCAACAACACCUCAGUCUUCCUGGUGGAUUUUCCAUCACACAUUUAUCCACAGUCCUUUAUCUGCCUUAUUUAAUUCCACUCAAUUUUAAGCUUAAUUUUCACCUCUAUCUGCAAUUUAAUUUGAUUUUCUUUCAUCCAAUAUUCAUCAGUUCUAUUUCAGGCUCUUGUUUUGUUCUUAUUCCUGGUGUUCUUCUGAUUCUUCCUCAUAUCACUGUGAUGGCUCACAUGGCCUCAGAGAUAAUUGCAUUUAUCCUGGCAGUCUCAGGAUGGGUGCUGGUCAGCUCAACCCUGCCCACUGAUUAUUGGAAGGUCUCCAGUAUCGACGGCACUGUUAUUACCACAGCUACAUUCUGGUCCAAUCUCUGGAAGACUUGUGUAACUGACUCCACUGGAGUGUCCAACUGCAAAGACUUCCCAUCCAUGUUGGCAUUAGAAGGGCACAUACAGGUCUGUCGAGGAUUAUUGAUAGCUGCUGUCAGUUUUGGAUUCUUUGGUUCCAUUUUUGCCCUUGUUGGGAUGAAAUGCACCAAGAUUGGAGGAUCCGAUAACACAAAAGCAAAAAUCACCUGCUUCUCAGGUCUUCUCUACAUCAUGAGUGGUAUCUGUGCUAUGUCUGGGGUGUCCCUUUACGCUCACAAGAUCACAUCAGAAUUCUUUGAUCCAACCUUCCUGGAGCAGAAAUAUGAACUGGGGGCUGCGCUCUUCAUCGGAUGGGGUGGAUCUGCUCUCUGUGUUAUUGGAGGAGCUGUCCUCUGCUUCUCUUUGAAUGACACCAUCAAAGCCCCAAGAAUAACAUAUUCUUACAAAGGAGUCACGUCUGUUCGGUCAGCACGGACAAACAAUCAAAAUGGUAGCAAUGGCCACAAAGCGCAAAAAGCAAUUCCCAGGAACUUUGACAAGAAUGCUUAUGUUUGA